AUGACUUCUGUCUUCCGCCGCCUACCCCUACCUACCACCUUGAGGGUUUACGAGGCGAAAUCAACUCUAAGGAAAGGCCCUAAACCCUCGGACGCUCCCUUGUCUCUUGCUCAGGCUCUUGCUGCUGCUCCUCAACCCAUUACCUUCCUCCAUGUGGAUUGUUUAAAAGGUGUACCUGUAGAUAUAAAUUUACAAGAGAAUUCAUCAGACCCUUAUUUUGCUCAACAUAUAAGAGAUAUGGUUUAUACAUACACACACCGUGCUGCUGCUGCAGACACCCAGGGGCCCCCCUUAGAGGAGAGGGUACACCCUAUGGGGCUCAUAGAGGCCCCUUGCAGGGUGUCCCCAAGGGGAAAAGCCUAUGGGAAGUGGGGGGAGGUCAUGCUCACAUUUAGACUAUGGAUUGGUCCUUAUGCUACGAACGCUGCAGCAGCAGCCCUCUCUAUCUUCCCCCUCGUGGUGGUCGUCGUUGGCUGCCUGUGCUGCGUCUUGGUGCUUCUGUAUCUCUGCAGCAGCAAGCUGCAGCAGCAGCAGCAGCAGCAGCAGCAGCAGGAACUGCGGCAGGAUCAUCAGGGGGCGAUAAAACCACCGCACGAACCGCAGCAACCGCCGGAUCAUCAUCAUCGUCAUCAGCAGCAGCAGCAGCAACAGCAGCAGCAGCAGCAGCAUCAGGAGGGGGAGAAGUGCUGCUGCGACUCAGCAGCAGCAAGCCGUCUCUGCUGGAGUUGCGGUGCUGAUGGGUACUUACGCCUAUGGGAUCUACGGCAGCAGCGCGGUGCAUGCAUUGAGGUGUAUGGACACUCUGCUGCUGCUGCUGCUGUUGCUGCUGCGCCUGAUGGUAGUGCUGUUGCUACAGCAGGGGCUGAUGGCUUGCUGCGGCUGUGGGGGGGCCCCUCGUUGCGUCCCCUUAAGACAGCAGAUGGAGUAGGGGGCCCCUCUCUUGCUGCUGUUGCAUGGAGUAGGACGGGGGCCCACCUCUUGUGUACCCGCAGCAGCAGCAGCAGCGACUAUGAGGAUGGUGGUGCGUGCGAAGGCGGUAAUCGAGAGGAAAGUGCAACAACAGCAACAGCAGCAGCAGCACCUGCUGCUGCCACAGCGUCAAACCCACACAACUUCAACCAGCAGCAGCAGCAACAGCAGCAGCAGCAGCAGCAGCAGCACCGGUUCCCUGAUGCAAAGGUGUGGAAUCUAAGGUGUAUGGGUCUUGCUGCAGCAGCAGAUGCAGCAACUGCAGCAUUUGCCGCAGAAGAUGAGCGGCAGCAGGUGCUGCAUGCAGACGAGCCAACAGCAGCAGCAGCAGCAGCAGCAGAUGAAGCAGCAAUCAAUUGGAAGGCACUAGAGAGGCCUUUUGUUAAUAUUUUUUGCCCAGCAGCAACAGCAGAAGCUCGUGCUGUAUGUGCGCAGCAGCAGCAGCGGCUGCUGCUGCGGAGAGCACCCGCUGCUGCUGCUGCUGCGGAUGCGGUGCAGCAAACACAACAGCAGCAGCAGCAGCAAGACGGGUUGGCUGCUGCUGCAUCCUGCGACGCUGUUGCAGCUGAUAGCGCAGCAGCAGCAAUAAAGACAGCAAGUGCAGCAACAGCAGCAGCACCUGCUGCUGCUGUAGCCGCAGCAGCAGGAGGUGCAGAAGAAGUAUGGAGGCAGCUGCUGCCUUGUGGGGCUUUUUGGAGGGAUCGCGUUUUGCUGCCAGCAGAUUUUGGCUGCUGCUGCUGCUUUGCUGCAGCAACAGGAGAUUUAGAGCAGCUGCUGCUGCGUCCCUGCUGCAGCAAUUAUCUCCAGCAGCAGCAGCAGCAGCGGGGAGUUGUUGCAGUACAUCCUGAUUGGAAUGUUGGGGUUUGUGCUGCUGCCUUUGAAGGAGACAGCAGCAUCUAUUUAUGGUGUCUCUCCUCCCAGCUGCAGCAGCAGCAGCAGCAGCACCCGCAGCAGCAGCUGCUGCAGCAAAUGCAAGAUGAUAUAGAGGCAGAAAAAAUCAUACUUAAGGCCGUACUACGCAGCUAA